AAAUUCAGUGUUUAAGCUGUGAAUAUGAGCUGCUGUUAAUUAUCAGCCAGAUUAUUGGCAUAAUUAUUUUUUGGCACAAUUCUAUCUCUAUAAAAUGGGUCUAAUCAUGUUUUCAGUUCAGGGGAGUGAAAUGACUGCAGUGAUACAAAAUGCCACAGCAUUUUGAAAAUGACAGCAGAAUGUUUUUCAUUCCAGUCAAAUGCUAUAGUGAAAACAUCAAUAAGAACUCCAUGGAGAGAUAAACUUGUCUCUGAGUUGCACAGUACACACUGUCAUGGUGAAGACAUAGCAGAACUAUUCUUACUUCUUACACACUGGGACUGUCCAUCCAGGAUGGAAGGAGAGGAAUCUAGGGGGAAAAAAAAAAAAAAAGUAUGUGGUCAUAUCAUUAAAAACAGACAGCAAUAUAUUCAAAGGCAGAAUCCCACUUUUUGUAACAACAUUUUGUCACUUGCAAAAAUCUUAUUAACAAACUAGCUACUAUAUUCACUGCGAGAGGAUUAUAUCCUAGCUAAAAAUCCUUUCUGCAUACAGCCCAAGUAGCACAGAUGACCAAAGAGAGGCAACAGUGGAGCUUUGGUUAUUUCAGUACAAAAUCUGCUGCUGCAGACUAAACUGACAGAGGUGGCUUCCAGUUAAGACAAUGCAGUUGGCACAGAGGCAGUUAGGAAUUAACUUCUGUUGUCUGGCAGUACUGAAGAUGCAUGUGACAAUUUCCUAGCACAGAAAACUUCAGCUGUGCUUCUUAGCCCCCAUAAGUAACUGAAAGACCAGUUUUCCAAAUGCAUUUGGGCACCUAAAGGUACACCUGAGGACAAUCAUUGUCACCUGCCUAAUUCCCACUGAAAAAUAUGCAGUCAGGUAAUUAAUUUUAAUUUUCAUUAUCUAAAAGAAAAAAAAAUAAACCUAGUCUCUUAAAAGCUGUGUAUUUUUUCUCUGAACCACGCUCUAUGGACACUAGAACUAAAUGUACACAGGCAGCCUUUGUUUCGGCGUUUCCUAGCUUUUUAAUAUUAGUCUUUCCCUUCCUAAGAAUACCAUUUGAAACAAUUUCCAUGCAUGAAACAAUGAAUCUACCAGUACUAACAAAAGAUUUUACAUUAAUAACGAGAGAAUUUUCAUUCAUAUUCAUAGUUAACCAAAAAAUGAACAUGAUUUCUAUGCUGCAUCUCUCACACUAUCUGUCAAUUUAAAUCAUUUCCCCUCUUUUUGUAUGCUUCACUUAGCUUUCAUCCCCUUGAACAUGUUUUUCUAUUUUGAUCAUCGCAUCCUUCUACAAGAAACCUCUUCAACGUUGUCUGUUUUCUAAUAAGUCUGUUUUCUUAUAUUUCAGUGAUCCGUUGCCUCAUUUACUCCAGCUUUCCCUAUAACUUAUGUUACCUUAUUUAGCCCUUGAAAACACCCACGGGGAAUAUUACCUCAGCAUCUUAUCACAACUGUAAAGCUGAAGCUACGAUUCUGAUGUGCAAUAUGCUAUUAUCUUCAGGAAGGCAUCCUGCAUAUACUAGGCUAAUAUUUACCAAUGUGCUAAUGUAACGAUGACCAAGCUGCCUCUGCUCCUCUCUGGGGCACCUUCUAUCGAUACGGAUGGGAAUUAAUGACAGUCUCUCUCUCUGCUGCCUGAUGUCAGAGCUGAGAAAGGUGUGAAGGGUAUAUAAGAGCUGUAUUGUCAGCAAGGAAGUGGGGAAAAGGGAUACUCCAGAGCCAGGUGCAAGCGUGGAACUGUGGCAUGCAGCCUUCUCGCUAACGCAGGUGUGCUUCUCCAGUUAGCUCCCUGACCAUUACAAGAAAGUUUGGAAGCAAAGAUGUGCAACCUAAAGCUGUCAGUUUUCUUCAUUGUACUUUCUGUCACCCUGAGCUGUUUGGAAGCUACAUCUAUUGAGAAAUUAUUAUCUGUGAGUGACGAUCUCUCUGAUGGGACUUCCAAGAGGCAAGAGUGGAUACUGCCCAUAAUGUCACAGAACACACUCUCAGGACUUAGUGAGAAAAUGCCGGGACAGCCAGCAGCAAAGACAAAAAGUGGUCACCACCUGGAGAAGCGGAAGUGCAACACUGCUACAUGUGUGACACAACGCUUGGCUGACUUCUUAGUUCGUUCCAGCAGCAACAUCGGAGCAAUUUAUUCACCUACUAACGUGGGGUCCAAUACAUAUGGAAAAAGGGACACAGCUGAGCUUUUAAGCAGAAAAUCCCAAAACAAUACAAAUCUUUAGGGUGUUGUAAUGACUAUCAAUACAGUUUUAGUUAGGAGCUCAGUUUCUAAUGUAAUCUUUUGGUCAAUUAUUACUUGUACAGUCUUAACAGUGCCUUGUUUUCUUUGUGUACGUGUAUGUAAUUUAUGCAUGUGUAACAUCAUGCAUAGGCUAUUUCAAAUCCUUUAGAACUCCAGAAAUCUGCUUGUCAAAUUUCUUUGUAAAAAACAAGAAACAAAAAACUAUAAUAAAUGGCAGAAUAAUUCCAACUUUUUAUUAUUUUAUUAUUAUUAUUAUUAUUAAAAGGCUAAAAAGAU